AUAUUUUUCACAAGCUAGCUGAACCUUUCGGAAUUUCAACCUAGUGCCAUCCGGCAUGUCCGGCCGAUCACGCCGCGCCGCCGCAUGAUGAGCUCCAAAUAUCAGUGCCUGGUACCCCGGCGCAUUGAGCAAUACACGUCAGUAUAAACGUGUGCUAACAAUGGAAACUAUAUUGAUGUCGCGUACCAGCGUUGAAACUACGUGAACGCUGUUUGUUUCUGUAAACAUUUUAUCAGAAAAAUGUCUGUCUCUUGUCUCUAAAAUGACGCACUAUUUGUUACAAGUCUGCAGUAUCGUCAAAAACAUGUCUGGUUCGAUGUUUUCCAUCCAGCAUGUCUAGACUAGAGAAAGAUUUGGCGCUUUGCCACUGAAUCGGGAACACCCCCGCAUUUUUACCGUGUAUGCAGCAAUACGACAAUCUACACGUUCAUCUGCCGGGCAAGUUUGAACAUGUCCACUGUAGACUUGUUGGAACACGGUAAAUAUCAUUACGGUCUUCGACCUAGUGCAUUUUAUUGUGGCAUGUGCAUAUCAUAGGUACUAGUAACAGACAGAUCUAUGGAUCGGGAGUACUUGCUCAUGUACGGUAACAUCAUUUGCAGAAUAUUUUGGACAAGAUGGAAAGUGAACAUGGUGAAACACCAGUCUCAAAAAAACGGCGGCGGUCUAAACAUUGCCAUCAUUCUGGAGAUCAAAAACGGUCCUCCAGUUCCCAUAGUUCCUCGGUAGAGGUCACAACUGCUACCUGUAGGCCAACCAUUAUUGCCACAGCAACAUCAGUCUCAUCCUCCAAAGCACCAUCCCGUGAGGAGGCGGCAAUCGCCAUGGCGACUGUUCUUGCCAGUGAGCUUCGGCCUGAGCAUAAACUCCCAAGCCGAGAUAUUCUGGUGCAGCCACAGCCCAACUUCAUGGAGCUGCUUCGAACAGUUGGGGCUCAAGGACCUGUGUUUACAGCCAGGCAAGUGUUGUGUUAUCUGAUUAAAUAUAUCAGCAGUCGCCAACUCUAUGUCCAACAAGACCCCAAAAGAGUUUACUGUGAGAAAGAUCCAUUGGGUGCAGUCUUUGGUGUUCCAACAUUCACCAUAAAAGAUGCAAGGAAACUCCUGUUUGAGAACAUGUCGGUGUUGAGAGAGUCUCCAGACUUUCAAUCACAACACAAUGAUGCAUUUCAGAGACAGCAACGCAAGCUGUAUUACACGUUUCAUCAAGCUCAACAAACAACAGAUGUUACCAGACCAACGCCAGUACCGACACGUUCAGCCACCGCCCCCUCACCCCACUCUUUGCCUUCGGCAUCACACAGGCUCAAUCAAGUGGACAGCAUUAAUAAGCCUUCCUCGUCAGUGAAAAGGACUGGUGGAGGUGGCAAGUUCACUGAAUCAUCUGUUUUCAGGGGAGAAGAUCUGCCAGACAGUGCACACAUAAGUAGGCCACGGCAGCCGAUUCAUGACUACACAGUAUCAGUCACCUCUGCUCCAAAAGGAUUACCAGUCGCAUCAGAGUUCAACAUGCCCAGCAGUACAACAAUGCCACUGAGUGAUGAAGUGACCUGUGCCAUUAACCCCACCAGUGCCCUCAGACAACAUAACCAGGCUCCCCCUGUAGCACCAAAACUACUUGCAGGCAAGGAGUCCAUGUCUAAGAGAUCGCCAGCUUCAUGCACUGUCACAACAUCACUGAGCAGCAUGAGCAUUGUUGCUGAGACUAAACGCAUGCCUGACUUGCCAACUCAAUCAACAGCAGUUGCCCCGGGAAUCUCAAUGUUGCGACCACCAUUCAGCUGUGGGCGCAAGAGAAAACAGAGUCGGUUAACCUCAGAUUCAUCCGAAGAUUGCGUUCGCAUCACAAGUCAUCAGAACUCAGAGAGUGACAAAGUAGCAAACCGACCUUGGUACUGCAUGCUGUAUCAUCCCAGCGAAGAGUUGAAGUCGCAGGGCAGUGAAGUGCUUAGUAUUCAGGAUUGCGAAACAGCAAUUGUUGCUGAUUCAUCGGAUGAUCUCUGGUUUGUCGACGAGGACGAGGGGACACCAGUGGAGUACGAAGUACCAUCUGAUUCCAGUGACGAUUACACCAUCAAUAAAGGGAGCUCAGACGAUAGCAGCAGUGGCACUGAAAUGGUGUAUGAUGUUCUCUUGCAAAGGGAAGACAGUGGGGAUUCGCACUUUGCUGACAACAGUGAUGAAGACACCACCGAUACCGAGAUUUCUGACUUGGACAAAUGGGAGUGUAUGGAAUGCAGCAUGCGCAACUCUCCAUUUAAACGUUACUGCAGCCGUUGUUGGGCUCUGCGUAAAGGCUGGUUGCCUGACAGCCAGAGAAUGACCCUGAAGGAGAGAUUGCAAAAUUCCAACCGAUCCCUUCGGAGAUCAUUCUCAGCCCCCGCUGGAAACAUCAACCCACCGUCUCCUUGGUGCCCUGCACCCACUCCGUGCACCCCUGUUAAUUUGGCAACUGGUGCCCUCCAAAGUGAAAUUACACCCUCGACAGUGCAGGAAUCACAUAACAUCAAUCCAAUUGUCACAGAGCUCAGCCCAAAUCUGCCUGGAAUUUCACGUGAUGUUGCUGAUGGAUUGACCUUUGAUCUAAGAAAAGACAUCCCAGAUGGGAAUGUUGGCAGUGAUGAGGAUGAGGCAGGCACCGGGAUCAGCAGUUCUGGAGAACAGAAACUCAAGCGAACCAUCAGUGAUGAGUAUGGAGAAAACUCGCAAGAUACUGUUGUCAUUGCACAGGAUUCACAUGGACACUCGACAGAAUCGGACUCACAGACUGAAGCAGAGAAGUCACAGAGUACUCAACAAGGCAUCCAGCGAAGGGAAGACUCUGGAAUUGGUUUGACUCAAGAGAGCUCCAUUACAAAUGAUCUCAGCACAUCAUCGAAGAUACCAACAUUGCCCACUGUAACUCCGCUGAAAAGCCAAGUACAGAAUGCACCAGGCUACCCACCUAGAAAGAGACAGCGAUCAGCGUCUGGCUCCGACCUCCCGGAGCAAAGUGGACCCUCCUUCAGUGUACUAAAAUCAUUGAAGUGUAGCAACUCUACCAUUCGGCAAGUGGGGAUGGGAGUGCUGUCGCAUUCUUUACCAACUGGAAAAAGUGAUCCUGGGGCGGGCCCCUCAUCUGCUCAGGCAAAUGUUGUAACAAAACACUAUAAUGACUUGUGCAUCAUUUGCUACAGUCGGCCCAAAACUGCGAGUAUCAUUCAUGGCCGCACCGGUCACCAAGUCUGCUGCUAUCCGUGUGCAAAAAAGCUACAUCAUCGUGGGAAACCAUGUCCUGUUUGUCGCAGAUCCAUACAGGCCGUCAUCAAGAAUUUCUUACUUUAGUUGCAUCAAGUACAUUUUAAACGAUGUUAUGCAAUAUGUGUCCGAACACAUACCACUAAUGUAUAAAUUUUCAGAGUGAAACACUUUAUGCAAUAUAUAUUUUAUAGGUCCCAUGUUAGUUCCCAAAUUGUUACCAACUAGUUACAUGCAUGCAAAACAAAACAGUUUCAAAAAGUCAUGUUACUAAUACUCUCAUGUAACUUAUUAUAAUAAUUUAAAAAAAAGAGACUUGCUAGUUUAAUACAUUGAAGUCAAAAUGUUUGACAAUGCAAAUUCUAAUGUUACCAUCAUUGCACUGUGGUUAGUGUUGGGCAGUAUAUACACAAAUGCUUAGUGGUCAUUUCCCACAAAAUUAUUGCAUUUUGUAAUUUAUAGUGGAUUUGCAAUGAACCUAUUUUUUUAAAUGGCUUGUCUAGAUUUUAGUUCAACUUGGAAUUCAAAAGUCAGUAUCUGAAAUUGUUUUGUUCGUACUUGAUAUGGAUGUGCAUAGCAAGGAUAGCCUUGGAAAAAAAUUGUGAGGCGGGGCUUGGGGGGGGGGGGGCAUUGUACAUCAUUUGCACUUAGGCCAAACAGAAAAAUGGUGUGUACAGAUAACCUGACUUACCUGGAAUUUUUGCGGCCAAAUUGCCAACCUCGGACAUUUUAUUGCCAUUAUGCUAGUUGAGAAUUUUAAAUGAGCAUUAUUUGGAAUUAUUUUCAACGAGUUUUUUUCAGGCCGUUACCAUAAACACACUAUUUUGUUUGGCCUUGGGGGGGGGGGGGGGCUGAUCAAGAAAAACUUAAUGAUGCAUACAUGUAUGUAAUUUGUCUUGGGCCCCGACGUCAGUGAUCGAUAGUGAUUUUAGUUAUUGUUGUAGAGUGCCCACACGCAACUGUGUUUUACUUUCUCUCACUAACGUCUUGGUGAUUUCGCAGGAACAGGGGUGUGGCCGUUGUAUGUAAAUUAGACCAUCGGUGUAAAUAUUCCUAUCGUAAAAGAAAAUGGCUUCCUAUUUGAUACCAGUAGUCACGCAGGGGUAUCACUGAGUUGCAUAUCUAAUUAGUGAUGCUUGAUCGCCACACUUUGAAUUUUCGCAUGUAGCGCGUAUAUUUACAACCGUCGCGCGAUGCGCGCAACUAACUAUAAACCAUUUCAUAAUGGCUGAUUGGUUCCCUAGGAAAGCCUAGGGAGGAAAAUAAAGUAAAAGUUAAACCACUACUACGAGAUUACCAAGACGUUUAGUGUGAGCCGGCGCACUGGUCUAAUUAUUGUAUCGUUUGAGGAUGCACUAUGCACGAUCCGCUGUCCAUCACUAGCAUCUUGGGCUAAGACUAACAUGUAAUGUGUACACUGCUACAUUUUAGGACAAACUGGCUUGUUUCUAUUUUCUGUAAAUUGUAUGUACUCUGCUAUGGUGCUCUGUGGCAAAUCCAGGAGAGCUACAAUAAGAAAGGACAUUGUGCACUGGUUCAUUGAUGUGCGUUUUACAGCAAAAGGAAUCUGAGAAUUGUUGGGCACUUGUUGCUUUGAAUAGGCUCCAUCAACAUUAAGCCAGUUCGGUUUUUCAGUGACCAGAGGUCAUUCGUGAUAACAUCGCUGACGUGAUGUUACGCGCACGCCCAUUCUGCUGGUAAAUUACACGCAAGCGUCGAGCGCCCGUGUUCAUGCACCUUCAAAAUGUUCGAUAAUUGUGACCAUAUCAUUGUGCACAUGCACAGUUGAAAUACUGAACUGGCUUGUUGUAGAUAGUUUGCACAACAUUUGAGAGAAUUUAUACAACAUCAACUAGUCCCUCGCAUUGCCAUGUGAACAAUCAUUACCAAAUGAAUAGCUCUUCAGAAUUGUGCCUGCGGGACAUGGAGAGCCAAUUUAUUGGCUCAUACGUGUAGAUGAUGCACAUAGUUUUAAUUGUGGCAAUUACUAGUUGAAGUCAAUCAGUUUGGUACUCAGAGAGAUAACUUUAUGCUUGGAAAUCUUGAACUGUUCGUAAAAUGUACUUGCUGAUUAUCUACAUGUAUAUAUACAGUCGACUCUCGUUAGUACAAACUCUGUUAAUACAAAUUCUAGUUAUAACAAACACAAAGCCUUGCUCCGGACUGUGCAUGUAUGUGCGCAAUGAAUGGGACUGAUGUUCCCUUAAUACACAAUUCUGAUAUAACAAACAAUUUAGCUUGGUCCGAAUGAGUUUGUAUUAACGAUAGUCGACUGUAUAUACAUGUACAUGCAUGUCCAGGUAAAGAAAGGAGAACGUUUUUGGAGAAUUAUUUUGUUUUAAUCUUAUAGCUGUGAUUGUGCUGUGGUAAUGCAAACACCCUGAUCAAGAGAUGGAUAUGAGAUGUUCCCUUUGAAUACGUAUGCCUGUUACACAGUGAUAAGUAGGUUAAAAACAUCAGGUAUUUUCCAUACUAUGAUACAUUUACAUUUGUGAAAGCCAUGUAUCACUAUUGGUAAAAUGAGUUGAAAGAGGUGGUGUUCAGAUAAAUUAUUCUGAUUAAAUGAUGUCUCUUUUGAAAAAAGGAUCAAUUUCACUACAUGUCUUGUUAAAUCAAACCUUUAAUCGUUCACAUAAAUCUGAUAAGAGUUAGGCUAGAAGGUUGAGUGUAAUGACUUAUGAGUUCAUAAUGUAACAUUUUUAAAACCGAAAUAGAUUUUACAAAGUUUGGAAUUUAUGCAGUGUGUUACGAAAAAUCUAAUUGGACAUUUCACUUUUUCUCUUAGGAAUAUAAAUGAAGUGAAAGUCAUGAGUCAGUCACCAACAGAAAUGUAACAUUCGUGGACAUUUUUAUCAUUGAAAAGAUGUAUUUGCUAUUAUUUUACAAAAUGUCAUCAUGGUUUACACAUAUACAUUUUCACUUCAAUAUGUACAUUUUGAAAAUUUAUUUAUUUUACCUUAAUUCAUACAGUAGUUUAAUAUUUAUUUAAAUCUGAAGUGUUAUAUAUAAAUGAAAGGUUGUAUGAUACUUGUAAGCGUAUACGAAAGACUUACAUGUGAAUAACAUGGGAGAUUGCUGUAGAAGAUAUUCUUGAGCUUGGGAGGGCACUUGCAUCACCAAAUUUGAAAUGGUUUCUUAAUUAUAUUUGUUGAAUGUUAAAGGCAGAUGAGAUUUUGAAGCUUUGAUGAUAGUGUCAAUAGAAAAGUGUGUGACAGUUUACAUGUGAUUAUGUAUUUGUAGUGAAUGGAGGAUUCACAAUUUGUUUUCGAUGUUGAAGAAGUACUGCAAAUGUCGACAAUAUUUAUCUUCAACUGCUUGGCAUGUUAAUCUGUUAAUUUAAAGUGAAAAGAUGUUCCUUUGGAGACAGAAGAUGAGCAGCAGUAAUGACAUUUAGAUUUAUAAAUAUUGGACAAAUGAAUAUUGAAUAUUGGAUCAAUUGGAUCGAUGUUGUUAUUGGCUGGUUUCAAAUGAGAGAGAGGCCUUGGUAGGUUUAUUUUUUUCUACUAUGUAUGAGUGCAAGAAUAUUCUUUAUAUCAUUUAUCGCUGACAACCCUACCUUUUUUGUAUGUAAAUAUUUGAUCGCUUCAUCGAAACUGAUAAGGCUUUGAUUUCCAGUGGUAAUAUGGUAAGGCUCGGUGUAGCUUGAAGUGCAGUGAUGCUGUACAUGUACAAUGUACAAAUCAGCACCUGUAAAGCUGUGGUGUAGAGUUUACAAUGCCAUGAAAUAUGAAUGUCCGUCUACCUUGCAAUCUUAGAACAAAGGAAACAUUGAACACCGUAUAUCCCAGGUGAUUUGUGGAACUACCACUAAGAUAUAUUUCUUUAACCACAGAGAUGGUUUCUAAUGUGUUUUUUUCAGAUACAGACUUUGUCAUUGUGGUAAAAGGGUAGUUAGAACUUAGAACCCUGUGCGUGAAAGGGAAAAUUGUUUCACAAUCAAACCAUAGAGCAAGGGGAAACAGCUUGUCAGGAAAGUUGGUGUGUUUGUUGUGUCAUGACAGUUGUGUUGUGUUGAUUUAAAGUGUUAAACACGUCCUUCAUUAUUGGUUUCAUUUUUGCAUAUCAAUUGUGAAUGGUUGAUGCAUUACAUGUAUGUACACACAAGUAUUAACUGCAUUCCAAAGUGUAAAGUGUGCAAUUUGUGUACAUACUUUUCGUGUGGCUGGUCAUGUGAUAGAGUGAAGUUCAGCGUGGAGUGAUAAUUGAAAUUAAAUAUUUAAUGAAGAAAAGAGAGUGGCUGACUAGUAAAUUGAAGGAUGCACCAGGAAACAAUGCUGAGAAUUAUUAAAUAAAGUAAAACAAUAAACAAAUAAAUAAAUGAAAUUAAUAUCCAGAUCUGUCCAAGGUCACGUACAUAAAUAUCCAGUUCUCUCGUUUGGGAAUAGGGCAUCAAGAUAGGGCUUCUAAAACACACUAGGGCUUGUAUUCUUUUCAUUUGAAUCUUCAUAGCCUGUACCAGUAUGUAUUGGAGGCUGCGGUACACCAACAAUGGACCGAUCCAGUAAGCUCCGCCCAGUGCGCACAUGGGCAAAUCAACACGUGCUCCUCUCCAAUGAUGCCACGCUGCAUUUUCCUUCCGCGUGCAUCAUACGCGCGUGACGCGCACGCAUGUCGGACAUAAAUCACGGCUGUAAUUGGUCAGAACACCAUGGGGCGGUGCUUACCGGAUCGGUCCAUUUCAAACAUCAAUGCAAAUAGGAAGUUGUGUGCCUGACCAUGUUGUGAGGAAUCGCUUUGUUUGCCUAGAUUUGCUGAGUUUCCUUAUUCAGAAUGAUAUAAAUUGUUACACCUGUGUUCGUUCACAACCUUUAUAAAAGCACUCUUUCUUGCAGCUGAUAAGUAUGUGUCUUUGGUUUCUUGUAAACUAUUGACGACAUUUUGCACGUUUGACUUGGGAGGCCUUUCCCAUGUCACAAAAUCAUGUUUUUAGUUCACUGUCAGCGGUUAAAAGUAGGAGAGGAAUGCUGAGCAGUGCAAAAUGGUUCAAAAACAGCUCCAUGUAUGAAAAUGAUUACAGAAACUCUAGUCUUUUCAAAUAAAGAGAAUCAAAUGAAAACUGA